UACCAGUUUUUUCAAAUUCCAUUUUUGAAUAGAACAAGUUCUGUGUUUUCACCCAUAGAAAAUAAAAAAAGUAAAUUUCUGAACAAUGUAUGUUCUGCAGAAGAUAAAAAUUAUUCCAGUUGCAAUAAGGAGACUACUGCAGAAAAAGAUAAUAAAGAAAAAAAUAAUUCAUUGUAUGUAUUUCGAACAUUGAAACAUUUUAAGAGUAUACAGCCACUGAAAAUCCCUGAUUUUCAAUUUCCUAGGAUUUCAAAUAAAAUAAAUAGUAAAAAAUCAUCAACUAACUUUAAGGAGACGGAUUGGAAGAAUUUUGAAGGUGAACCAUCUUUCAUGCAGUCUAAACAGAUACAUGGUGUGCAAAAAAUGUCUGAGAUAGGGGAACAACAAAUGAAAAAUUAUAAAAGCAGUGUAAGAGCUUCAACUGUUGGUUAUGAAUUUAAAGAAAAGAUUUGCCCACCAAUUAACAAACAGGAGAACAGUGCUUUGGCAGAAGGAGAAGUAUCUGGAACUUAUUUCAGAUGCAACAGCACUGACACUGAAUAUAAUAAAAUGUUUGCUGAAAAUUACUUCAAAAAUAAAAUAAUGGAGAACUCAGAGGAUGAUGAUGACCAGAAGUUGAAGAUUCACAUUUACAUUAGUGCUAAAAAUGUUCAAAAUGAUAAAUGUGUCAGCUUUAAUGAUCUUCUGCAGAGAAGAGAGAGGAAGAGCACUAAUGAGUAUGCAGGAACAUUUCAUAUGCAGAUGAGUAUUCCAGUAACAACAGAAGCAUUAGACAAAAAUAAGUUAAACCUACACUGUAGUGUGCAUGAUUCCAAUAGGGAUAUUAGCUUGUAUGAAGAAGAAUCAAAACUCUCCACAAAGGGAAUACUUGAUUUCCAAAGUUAUGUAACAAAAUUUAGUACAUUUGAAAGUAAUUCUCCUUGCAUUAUUGUGCAGGAUUUUCCAGAUAAGAGAGCAAGUUGCAAUGUGUUUAGGGGAAAGGAGAUGAUCAAAUUAAAGUUUUCAUUUCAAAGCAUGUUGUUUGGAUGGGUCAGGUUGUGGACUGAGUCUUUCCGUGAAGAUAUGCCCACGUGUCAGGAUGAAAGUGUUACACCUUGGUCUUAUUGCCGUGACACAUUAAAAGAGCAGUGCGAGGCUCAAGAGUUGGUAAAGAGCACUAUAAAUAGGAACCACAACGAUAAAAUAUUCAUGUGUUUGCUGGCUGCUGUUUCAAAGCAUCUGAAGGUGGAGGUACUAAAGAUAAUGCUUGCUUCCUUUUUCAGUAGCACAAAUGCUUUAUUGACAGCUGAGGGGAAGACUAUGCGAGGAGAGAAACAGUCUUCGUAUGGCAGAAAGGAAAAUCAGUUAAACUCAUGCACGAAUGGUUCUUUGAGGCAAACCAUAGGAUUUUUUAAAGAAAAUGGAACUUAUCCAGGAUUUGUAAGUUCUAAAUUUGUGGAAAACAUUGAUUUUGAGUUGCAUAAUGGAUGCGAGAGAAGACGUUUUUCUAGAACUUUAGGUGAAGACGAGUACACUUUCCUACAAAGAGGUGCCCUCUUUCAUAACCAAAAAAGCAGAUUAUGUAAGGGAAGACAUGUCAGGAAACACCACCUCUUAUUCAGAGUGAGUGAAAGGUUUAACACUGAUUUGAGGUCAGUCAGGCACAAAAACAGUAUGAAAAAGCAGAUUUUACGUGCUAAAUACCUGAUCUUUCUGCAGAGCUCUUCUGAUAGUUCUUCACUACACAAGAUCUAUUGCUGCAAUAUCACAAAAGUACAGUAUCUUAUAGGAGCCAAUCUUAGAUACCAGAGUUACUUUCCUGCUCAUUCACAACUGAAAUUUGAAAAGAUUCAUAAGAAAAGUACAAAUCAGGAAAUAUCAGUAAAUACUUUAAAGCAGGAGAAGAGCAAACCAAGCAUAAGGCUUAAUAGUUCUUUUCAUGUAGAAUUAUUUAAAGCUUUCCCUUUUGUUUCAUAUGAAAAUAAGAAACAUAAAACAACCGGAUAUAGAAAUUGCAUAACUUCUACAAAUGAAGUCACUAAUGAAGUAGCAUAUACCAUAAAAAAAGAUUUGGGUAACUCUAGUUAUAUAAAUACUGAUGAAAAAGAAUGUCUUAAUUCGAAAGAGUUGCAAAUGGAUUGUCAUGGUUUUCUUUCUAAAAAAUCUUAUUCUAUCUUUGACACAUAUGAAAAAAUUCCCCUAGCUACUGAUUCUGAAGACUUCGACCAGCUCCCAAUUGUAAAGCAAGACAGUUCUAUCCAAAAAAAGGUAUGUGGAGAAAGUGCAGUCACUGGUUCAAAAGAGAUUCAAUGUUUACCUGUUAAAUCAAAUGAUGUCUUAAUUCUAUCUGAGCAGCCGAAAGCAACCACAGAAGAAUAUAAUUCUCUCCUGUUGCUAGAUAGACAAAUAAACAAAGAUGAGAAUUGCAAAGACUUAGAUACUUGUAGCCCACAUCUAGCAAAUAAAAUAGUAGACUACCAAAAUUCUUAUUUAUUUUCUCAAAAUUUAUUUCCUAGUUCCUCAAAUAUUUAUCAGUCUGUCACUUUGCCAUUGGAUAGCAGCUCUUUUGUCAGCAGAGAAGUAAGUGAAGAUGAGCACUGCAGGAAUUUCUCAAGUGCAGACAAGCAAAAGGCAAGUGAAGCAAUUCCUGCCAUGGUACAGUAUUUAUCCACGGAAAGUCCUGCCAUGACAGAUACAGACUUGCAAUUACAGGCUAAAGAAACAGCGCAGUUUUCUUUACAGACGAAUAAGACAGGCAGUUCAGAUCCAGCAACUUUGAAACAACAUCUUGAAUAUGCAAAAGAACAGGAAGAGAGAAAUUAUGAACAAAUGCAUGUAACUAAUGAAAGUCAAUGUGAGACUGUAAUGAAUUACUUGAUUAUGUCAUAUUCAGAAGAUAAAUCUAAAACAUUCAUUGCCUCAGAAGAGGAAUUAAAAGUGCCUUUAUCCAUAAUGAACAAUGGAUGUCUUGAAGAUGUAAAAGAUAACUAUUUACCCUUAGAAAAUAAAAUCACACUCGAAUUUGAACUGAAGAGAAAAUUUGAUUUAGUGCUAGAAGAGCUACGUAUGUUUCAUGAAAUUAGCAAGGAAAGUGUAAACAAUUUAUCUAGUUUGGAAACAAACUUGCCCAACAGUUAUGGGGAAUUAAAAAAUGCUGAGGGAAAAGAUGAAAACAUGGCAAGGGUUUCUCAAAGGAAAAUGUGUAUUUCUUCUCCAAUUUCUGGUACCACAAAAGGAAAACACAAAACUGACAAUAAUGAAAGUUCAUUACAUGAAAAGAUAUUAAAUGAAAAUGAAGACCAGAAAGUAUCUAAGGAAUAUUCUAUUUCAAGAAUGUCAUACGAAGAAUUGCUGCACUCCCCUGCAGUAGGUGCAGCCUAUAGAAAUCCAUACACAUGGGAUCCAGCUUUUUUACCCGGCACAGUUUUUAAGGAACAAAGCUAUAAUUUACAGAAAGAAGGAGGAUACUUUUUGUCUCGUGACAUCAUAAGAGUACAGCCUCUUAAAACGUGCAAGGGCCCCAUCAGGAUUGGGUUGUCAAGAAAGGCUCGGCCAAAGAAGCUUCAUCCUUAUCUGAAAUGACUUCCUGGAUUCUUUUACCAGCCUUCACA